AUGAGCGACCACAACACCAACGCCGCCGACAGUCCCCAGCACGACGAUACAAAAGUAAAAGAUGCGACAGCGACACUACAAGAAUUCCAAUACCCGAUUUUGCCCCUACACUACCACCCUGGAUACGGUGGCGACGAGUUUCAGGCCGCUCGGAGAAAACCUCGCCUUCGACUUUGCCGACAGCGCCUUCAAAAAGAUCAAAGCCGAGUCAGUGUUUUCCGCCAACCUCGGCGCAGUACCAAGCACCCCCAGCCAGAACAACUCGGCCAACUGGAUGCCGCUUUUCAGAGGAGCCACUAUCCGGAUAUUUACGUUCGCGAGGAGCUGGCCAAGGCCACCGGGCUAAACGAAGCGCGCAUCCAG